GGUCCAGUGAUUUUACCCAUGCACCGCUAUUGGUCUAUCCAUUAUCUUUACAUAAUCAGUAGUGUUCUAUUCUAACAGAAACCACACUGAGAACGCAAUCCAGCCAAAGACAGUGAGAAGAUCUGCUGUGUGCAUCAGCCAGAAAUGAUUCCUCGGAAGGAAUUUCAGGGCGCUAGGACCGCGCACGGCUCUGUGAAUGCGCAAAUCCCAGUCAAGCAGAGAGACUGUUCGCUCCUCUCUCUAUCUGAAUAGUUCGUUACUGGUGAGGCUGUUUGCUGCGGUGCGAGCCAUAACCGGAGAAGCAAUUUUUGCGCACCUCUCCUCCAGCUCCGUCUCCGGUUCCAAAAGAACCACCAAGCGAACCUGAAACCAGAGAUUAACCAUCUGGGGGUUUCAGGACAAAGUCCUCCUUAUGGGCUCACAAUGCGCAGGAUACGGGCCAACGCCAUCGCUAUCUUGACCGUAGCGUGGAUCCUGGGAACAUUUUAUUACCUGUGGCAGGACAAUAAACCACACUCAUCAUCAUCCCCAGCCUCGCAGCCCCGCGUCGCGGACAUCAGGAGACAUGCCGACGGCGGGAGGCUGGAGAUCCACCGAGACGACAGGUCCAUUCCGUUGAUUAUGACCCUGUCUCCGUGGGCGGAGCAGCAGCAGCAGGGUCAGCUCAUAGGUAGUUUCGAUGAGAAGGCGUACCUGUUGGAGAAACAGCUGAAGGCGGGAGACGACCCCUACAGAGACCACGCCUUCAACCUGGCCGAGAGCGACCGACUCGGCUCCGAGCGGGCUAUCAGAGACACACGGCACUACAGGUGUGCCUCCGUGAAUUAUGAUGCUAACCUUCCUCCUACGAGCAUCAUCAUCACCUUCAACAAUGAGGCUCGCUCCACCCUGCUACGCACCAUCAAAAGUGUCCUGUUGAGGAGCCCUCCCUCUCUGAUCCAGGAGAUCAUCCUGAUAGAUGACUUCAGUACUGAUCCUGAGGACUGUCAGCAGCUCUCUCAGAUCCCUAAAGUACGCUGCCUGAGGAACGGACGUCGAGAGGGACUGAUCCGGUCCCGGGUACGAGGGGCAGACUCGGCCUCUGCGUCUAUCCUGACCUUCCUGGACAGCCACUGUGAGGUCAACACUGACUGGCUACAGCCCAUGAUACAGAGGGUCAAAGAAGACCGUACCCGGGUGGUCAGCCCCAUCAUCGAUGUCAUCAGCCUGGAUAACUUUGCCUACUUAGCAGCUUCAGCUGACUUGAGGGGAGGGUUUGACUGGAGUCUACACUUUAAAUGGGAGCAGAUUCCCAUCGAACAGAAGAUGUCCAGGAAUGACCCCACACUGCCUAUCAGAACUCCAGUGAUUGCAGGAGGGAUCUUUGUGAUGGACAAGAGCUGGUUCAACCACCUGGGGCAGUACGACACUCACAUGGACAUCUGGGGAGGGGAGAACUUUGAGCUGUCCUUCAGGGUGUGGAUGUGUGGUGGGAGCCUGGAGAUUCUGUUAGGGUUUCCCUGUACAUACUGUGUCCCUCCCUCCUCAGAGCUGUCCUUCAGGGUGUGGAUGUGUGGUGGGAGCCUGGAGAUUCUGCCCUGCAGUAGGGUGGGACACGUCUUCAGGAAGCGACAUCCCUACGACUUCCCAGAAGGCAACGCUCUCACAUACAUCAAGAACACGCGUCGGGCAGCGGAGGUGUGGAUGGAUGAGUAUAAACAGUACUACUACUCAGCAAGGCCCUCAGCGCAGGGCAAGGCUUUCGGCAGCAUUGCAGACCGGCUGACUCUACGACACAAGCUGAACUGCAAGUCUUUCCAUUGGUAUAUGGAGAACGUUUACCCUGAGCUAAGGAUCCCUGAGCGGGAUGCAGUGUCCAGUGUGUUGAGACAGGGAGGGAUGUGUCUGGAGAGCCUGGGUUCAGACAGCCUGGGCCUAGCAGAGUGUAGUAGAGGCUCUGGAGCGAUGAGGCCACAGUCACAGAGGUGGCAGCUGGUGGAGCCUCUUCUACGCCAGCAGGACAUCUGUCUGGCCAUCACAGCUUUCACUGCCGGGUCAAAGGUCAAGAUGGAACCCUGCAACAUGAAAGAGCCCAGACAGAAGUGGAAGGUAAAAGGGCCGACCCUGCAGCACGUGGUUAGUGGUCUGUGUCUUGACAGUCAGCUGUCUGUUGGCCCUCCUGCCAUCACUCAGUGUCGGCCCCAGCUGGCCAGUCAGGUCUGGGAGCCACAACUCAUCACCUGAUUACCUGAAACCUGGUGGCCGGAGAGAAGAGUAGGAGGAACUCUGGUGGCUGGGGAGAGGAGGAGGGAGAGGAGGAACUCUGGUGGCUGGGGAGAAGAGGAGGAGGAGGAGGAGGAGGAACUCUGGUGG